CAGUGUAAUUGUAGUUGUUGUGAACCCUGCCAUCAACCUGUCCUAAUAACAGUGUUCAUCUGGUACUAAUCCCGCCUUGUUCAUGUCACUCACACCUUCAUAACCACGCAGGGAGCCUCCGGCUUGGACGGCAAGCCCGGGAUUAGGGGCAUGGAUGGGCCUACGGGUCCAGCUGGUCCAGCUGGGCCGAAGGGGGACAUAGGUGAGAGAGGAGCACCCGGCGAGCCAGGACCAAGGGGACCCUAUGGACUGCCUGGGUCUGCUGGAACUCCAGGCUUGGAUGGGUUGCCAGGCUUAAGGGGAGAGAAAGGCGACGUUGGGGAAAGAGGAGAAAAGGGUUUCCGGGGAUUUAAGGGUGAAAAGGGGGAACCAGGGCAGCCAGGUCUGGACGGGCUGGAUGCCCCAUGCCAAUUGGGCCCAGAUGGAUUACCAAUGCCUGGGUGCUGGCAGAAGGGAGUCACGCCAUGGCUGGUAGCCUGAGAACCCCCCCCCCUCCCCCCCCUAGAAAGUAAAGCUGUUGGUUAUUGUUGCUUUAUUGUGGUGAUGCCUGCAGAGGAUAUGAUAUCACAUAUCGUCGUCAGCGCGGCGCCUCCCCAACAUCCACACGUCUCCGAGCAGGACGGGGACGACUGAGCCGGGGAUUUGAGAUCGGACCGGCC